AUGUUGGAUGUCUGGGGUCACGUGGAAUCCAAGUCGCCGCUUGACUUACUUAAAGCAGACAACUCGACCCUUGACCCUUCUCUUUUCUUCCAGCUUUUCAUUGUUCACCACCAACUCCUGUCCUUUUAUAACAGUAUAAACGUGGAACACUUGCAGGCCGCACUGGGCCUCCUGAAGAAGCUCGGUGUCGAUCCAGUGACUGAGAUCGAGAUAUGUGUCCCGAGCUCCCGGGCUACGAUUGCGGAACGGGCCCUGAACUCUGUCUUCGAAAGACUUCCGCCUCCUGACACCAACCUGUGCAAUGAUUACAAAGACGGUCGGCCUCGAUAUAGGGUAGAUGGGGAGGUCCCAGUUGUUCUGCUUAGCGACCUCGGCCUCGGCGGAGAGACUCCGAAAAUUGUCGAUCAAGAAGAACAUGGCGGACAGUCGCUGUACAGUGACGAGAUCCUCAGCUUCCUCUCCGUCGAACAAAUCAAAUCCCUUCCGAUACUAACUCUUUCGUCCUUUCUCCAAUACCUUGCUGAGCGGAGACACAACACAAUGCACCGAAUCCAACUAGAGCAGCUAGUCGACGCGAUGGGUAUUGAGGAAGAAUGGUGUCACCACAACCUCUUACACGAUGCUCAUGUCCGACCCGUCAUGGAGCUGGUACAAACCAAGAUGGAUCGGGUUGACACGUUUCAGGAUCCUCGGGGAAUGGGCAUCGACACUACUCGCAUUCCUGGCUACCAAUACACUGCCGACUGA